UUAAACAUAUUGCUGGCUGGUAUGAACCCCUUCUAUUUCCAUGCAGUGAAUGUAAUUUUACACUGUCUAGUGACUCUUGUGCUGAUGUACACUUGUGACAAAGCUGUGUUCAAGGACUGUCGACUUGCUUUUGUCACGGCGCUGUUCUUUGCUGUGCAUCCCAUUCACACCGAGGCUGUAACAGGUAUAGUAGGCAGAGCGGAUGUCCUAGCCUGUCUACUCUUUCUGUUGGCUUUUCUCUCCUAUAAUAGGAGUGUGGAUCAGCUUUAUGUUGGGGAACAUUUCCCUCCCACUGCCUCCCCGUUCUUUUUGCUGCUUAGUUUAUUCCUUGGGACGUGUGCAAUGCUGGUGAAAGAAACUGGAAUCACUGUGUUUGGUGUAUGCUUGGUUUAUGACUUCUUUUCCCUCUCCUGCAAUGGACUCAAACUGAGAAAUGGGGGGAUCCACCAGAGACCUGUCCGGCAGCCUGCGGCUUCUCCUUCUGCCUCUCUGCAGGUCCCUCCGGCUGGCCGGGAGAACGGGAAGCAUCGCUUUGCUCACCGGGGCACCUGGAGCUCCUGCCACACAGCAUCACCCGAGGAGCAGCGGAGCGGUGGCCUUUCUGUGCCCAGCAAAGCCAUGUGGGCCAUUCGGAGCUACCUGACUGCAAAUAACAACCAGAAUUUCUUGUAUACUGCAAGGCCUUUUUUGAAGAGGGCUGCUUUAGUGAUAAGCUACGUGAUUCUCGUGUUGUAUUUCCGCCUCUGGAUAAUGGGAGGAUCCAUGCCGAUGUUUUCGGAGCAGGACAAUCCAGCUUCAUUCUCGCCGUAUUUACUGACGAGGUUUCUAACUUAUUCCUACCUUCUGGCCUUCAAUGCAUGGCUUCUGCUGGCACCGAUCACCUUGUGCUACGACUGGCAGGUCGGCAGCAUCCCUUUGAUUGAGUCUGUCUGGGAUGCGAGGAACUUAGCCACAGUAUUCCUGGUUCUGGUGAUGAUGUUACUCAGCCUACACUGCAUAGCUGCAUUCAAGAAACUGGAACACAAAGAAGUUUUGGUUGGCUUGUUGUUCCUGAUUUUCCCAUUCAUCCCAGCCAGCAACCUCUUCUUCAGGGUGGGAUUUGUGGUGGCAGAGCGAGUCCUUUACAUGCCGAG